CUCGCGUGUCGCGUCCCCCACGCGAAUUGGCUGCCUUCUUGUACUAUCACUGUUGUCACCACUGCUCCAGACGCUACCUGUUGAACCGUUGUACUUUGAAGCAGAUUCUACCACGCUGCCCCUUCGGUGGCGAUUGGUGUCUACGUUCAAUAUCUUCAACCUGAUGCUGUCGCGCGAUAGACAAAAUGGCUGAUGAACUACCUUUCCGGUCGAAAGGUGAACCUGAUGGUGGCGCUCGAGAUGACGACAAUGAAGACGACGACGAGGAGAUUGAUGAGACUGGCUACAAAACUGUCAAAGAUGCAGUUCUCUUUGCCAUCGAAGUGAACCACUCUAUGCUCAAAGUCCCUCCGGCAUCUUCUAGCUCUAAAAAGGCCGACAGGAGCUCCCCGCUACUGGCCGCUUUGAAAUGUGCAUAUCAUUUGAUGCAGCAACGCAUCAUCUCGACACCCCGUGAUAAAAUGGGUAUCUUGCUGUACGGGACUGAGGCAUCCAAGUUCUAUGAUGAAGACGAGAACUCCAGAGGCGGCUGGUCUUUUCCUCACUGCUACCUGCUCACCGACUUGGAUGUGCCGGAAGCCGACGACGUGAAGGCAUUGAAGGCAUUGACCGAGGCCGAGGACCCCGAAUCCGCCGAUAUUUUCAAGCCAUCCAAGGAACCGGUGUUGAUGCACAACGUGUUGUUCUGCGCAAACCAGAUUUUCCAGCAAAAGGCCGCCAACUUCACCUCCCGCCGACUGUUCAUCGUGACAGACAAUGACGAUCCUGCCUCAUCAAACAAGGGUUCCCGGUCGCAAGCGACUGUGAGAGCAAAGGACCUCUACGACUUGGGCGUGACCAUAGAAUUGUUCCCCAUUUCGACACCCGACCACUCCUUCGAUACGUCACUUUUCUACGACGACAUAAUAUACAAGUCAUCCCCCUCAGACCCUGCAGCUGUUACAUACAACCCACCUGCCAUGAUCGAUGGUGGUAACUCAAAGCUCGUGGCUGGCUCUAACGACGGUAUCUCUCUGCUACAAUCAUUGCUUUCAAAUAUAGCGUCCAAGGUCACACCGAAACGCGCCUUAUUUUCUUCAGUUCCGCUCGAGCUCUCCCCCAAUUUAAAGAUUUCUGUCAAAGGCUAUUUACUGUACAAGCACCAGAAACCCGCCCGCAGCUGCUAUAUCUAUCUAGGUGCUGAGAGGCCACAGAUUGUAACGGGAUACACGGAGCAGGUCGCGUUCGAGAACUCCAAACCGAUCCAGAAGGCCGAGAUACGCAAGGCAUAUACCUUUGGAGGCCAGCAAAUCACCUUUUCCGACGAAGAGGUCAAGCAGCUCCGCAACUUUGGCGAUCCAGUCAUCAGAAUUAUUGGAUUCAAGCCCAUGUCAAGAUUGCCACUUUGGGCCAACAUCAAGAACUCGACAUUCAUCUACCCUUCCGAAGAGGACUACGUUGGCAGCACACGCGUGUACAGCGCCUUGUAUCAGAAAUUGCUCAAGGACAAAUUAUUCGGUCUCACCUGGUUUGUACCAAGACGGAAUGCUGUUCCUGUCAUGGCUGCCAUGAUCCCUACCCUUCCUGCCGAGGCCCUUGACGAGAAGGCGAACACUGCCGGGAACUCGCCGACGGGCGCACCGCAAGGCUUGCACCUAGUCCCGCUUCCAUUCGCCGAUGAUGUUCGCCAAAAUCCACCCACGACACACGAGCACCCUCUGCUUGCGCCAGACGAACUCGUUGACGCUAUGAGACAUAUCAUUCAGCAACUGAAUUUACCCAAAGGCAUCUAUGAUCCUUCCAAGUAUCCCAACCCUAGCCUACAAUGGCAUUAUCGCAUCCUCCAAGCCUUGGCCCUUGAUGAAGAUAUUCCGGAAAAGCCAGAGGACAAGACGAUCCCCAAGUACAAACAGAUCGAUAAGAGAGUAGGCAAUGAAGCCAUAGAGUGGGGAAGCAUACUAGAUAAGGCAUACAAACAUUAUCAUGCCGAAAACCCCGACGCGGUCCCGACAGGAUCAAAGCGCCCUACAAAAGCUUCGGCGGCCACCUCGACGGCCAGCACCAAAAAGGUGAAGGCAGAAACGAGCGACAAGACCGGAGAGGAAGAGAUUAGAAGGCUAUGGCAAAAGGGUCAGCUCGGGCAUUUGACCGUCGCACAACUGAAGGAGUUCUGCGCAGCGAAGAAGAUCCCGGCGACGGGCAAAAAGGCCGACAUCGUUGAGCGAGUCGAAGAAUGGCUUGAGAGCAAGUAGCGGAGAUCCAGAGCAGUCUGUGAGAGAGUUGAUUGUGAACUCCCAUGAGGAACAGCUGCUCAAUAACUGUACAAAAAUGAUACCCCAAUGUUCUACAAAAUGCGAGUAGUCGAAGUUUGCCCAAAUAGCAACGUGCAGACAAGGUGCAGUCAGAAUAGUGAAAUAUGGUAAGUACUUUUUCAUUGUUAUAGCAUGUCUGAUGGUUCAAAAGAAUGUGCGGCCAAUCAUUGCAAUCCCAGUCAUAUCCAAAGGACAAGACUGGCACUGCACCCAAGAUCGGCCAAGUUGAUUCAUC